AUGUUAGCUGAGUCCGUGGUCUUGUGUCUCAUGUGUUGGGUCGUCACCUCGGGUGAGGACUUGUACAUGAACAGAGCUCUGAAGCUGAUGUCUGAAACGCCACUCAUCGAUGGCCACAACGACCUGCCCUGGCAACUUCGGAAACUAUUCAACAACCAGCUCAACCAAGUGGAGCUAAACACUCUGGAAACAACACACACCAACAUCCCAAAGAUAAAGAAGGGGCGUCUGGGAGCGCAGUUCUGGUCGGCCUAUGUGCCCUGUGACACUCAGUACAAAGAUGCAGUCAGACAAACACUGGAGCAGAUUGAUGUGAUCCAUAGGAUGUGUCACAAAUACCCCAACGAUUUCAUGUUUGCCACCAGCAGCCAAGACAUCAUGGAGGCAUUCAGACACAACAAGACGGCCAGUCUGAUCGGGGUUGAGGGGGGUCACUCCAUUGACAGCAGUCUGGGCACACUGCGUACCUUGUAUCAGUUGGGGGUCCGCUACCUUACACUCACACACUCCUGCAACACACCCUGGGCAGAUAACUGGCUUGUGGACACUGGAGCAGAACCAUCUCAGCAAAAUGGCCUAUCUCCAUUUGGCAAGCAAGUGAUUGCAGAAAUGAAUCGUGUGGGAAUGCUGAUAGACCUGGCUCAUGUGUCUGUAAGAGUGAUGAACCAAGUGUUGGACAUGUCAAAGGCACCUGUCAUCUUCAGCCACUCCUCCGCCUUCAGUAUUUGUCCACACAAGAGGAAUGUUCCUGAUGAUGUUCUCAAAAGAGUGAAUGAAAAUGGAGGAAUAGUAAUGGUCAACUUCUACAAUGACUAUGUAGCCUGUAGCCAGACUGCCACCCUGUCCAAUGUUGCAGAUCACUUUGACCACAUAAGGAAAGUGGCGGGAGCUGGCAUUAUUGGUUUUGGUGGGGACUAUGAUGGCGUUACCAGACUUCCAGAGGGUCUUGAGGACGUGUCCAAAGUACCCAAUCUGGUAGCUGAGCUGCUAAGAAGAGGAUGGUCUGAUGAUGAUGUCAAAGCUGCUCUGGGAAACAACUUGCUGCGUGUACUCAAACGAGCUGAAGAGGUCCGUGACAGUCUGAGCAGCAAUAAACCAGAUGAUGUUCCUAUCCCAUAUAGUGAGGUGAAGAACCCGUGUAGGACGAGCUAUGGUUACGACGACAAAGGCAACGGUGGAAUUAUCCAUUCACUAAGCAUUAUGUCUCUACUUUUAUCCCUGACUUUACACUCUACCAUCCCAUUGAUAACCUCAUAG